CCAGGGUUUGUUCCCACUUGUAAACAAGUGGUGCAGGGAAGACUUAGAGAUGGGGGAGGAGUUCAGACUCACUGUGCAAAUACAUACAGACAUACUAAUCUAAAUUGAUGCCUCGUUGAAAAAAAUCACAGGUGAAGCAAGCAGGCUGCAAUGGCUCACUCAAAGGCUCUCUUAGUGCUGGAAAACUUCAUAGGUGGCAAAUUUGUUCCUUGUUCCUCCUACAUAGACUCCUAUAAUCCGUCCACCGGAGAUGUCUAUUGCAGGGUUCCAGACAGUGGCAAAGAAGAGGUGGAAGCUGCUGUCAAAGCUGCCAAAGAUGCCUUCCCAAUUUGGUCCUCAAAAAGUCCAUUGGAAAGAUCUCAAAUCUUGAACAAAUUGGCAGACCUGAUUGAACAUGACCUGGAAGCAUUUGCACAAGCAGAGUCAAAGGAUCAGGGAAAAACGAUUACAUUUGCCAGGACAGUGGACAUCCCUCGGGCUGUGCACAACUUCCGGUUCUUCGCCUCUUCCAUCCUUCAUCACGUCACAGAGUGCACCGAAAUGCCGGCCAUGGGCUGUGUGCACUACACCUCCAGGGCACCUGUGGGAGUUGCUGGUUUAAUCAGUCCUUGGAAUUUGCCACUGUAUUUGUUGACUUGGAAAAUAGCUCCCGCCAUUGCAUGUGGAAAUACUGUGGUUGCCAAGCCAAGUGAGAUGACAUCUGUCACAGCCUGGAUGAUGUGCCAACUCUUGGAGAAAGCAGGGGUGCCUCCUGGCGUGGUCAAUGUCGUGUUUGGGACAGGGGCCAAGGCAGGAGAGGCCCUGGUGUGCCACCCCGAGGUGCCUCUGAUCUCCUUCACGGGCAGCACGCUGACGGCCCAGCGGAUCACGGAGAGAAGCGCUCCGCACUGCAAGCGGCUCUCGCUGGAGCUGGGCGGCAAAAACCCCGCCAUCAUCUUCGACGACGCCGACUUGAGCCAGUGCAUCCCCACCACCGUGAGGUCCAGCUUUGCCAACCAGGGUGAGAUCUGUCUCUGCACCUCCAGGAUCUUUGUUCAGAGGGGAAUAUACAGUGAGUUUUUGAAGAGGUUUGUGGCAGAGGCCAAGAAGUGGAAGACUGGGAAUCCCUCAGAUCCUACAAGCGAUGUGGGAGCGCUAAUAAGUAAAGAGCAUCUAGAAAAGGUAAGGACCUACGUGAAGAAAGCCCAGGCUGAAGGAGCCAGAGUCCUCUGUGGAGAGGGAGUGGAUCCUUUGGCCCUCCCACCUGGCAACCAGAAAGGCUAUUUCAUGUUGCCCACAGUUAUUGCUGAAGUCAAGGAUGAAUCUUGUUGCAUGCAAGAAGAGAUCUUUGGUCCUGUGACGUGUGUGGUAGCAUUUGAUACAGAAGAGGAGGUGAUCAGAAGAGCCAACGGUGUGAAGUACGGCUUGGCAGCCACGGUGUGGUCCAGCAAUGUGGGACGUGUUCACAGGGUGGCACACAGGCUGCAGUCUGGGUUGGUGUGGACCAACUGCUGGCUUGUGAGAGACCUGAACUUGCCAUUUGGUGGGAUGAAAGCCUCAGGCAUAGGCAGGGAGGGAGCAAAGGAUUCCUAUGAGUUCUUCACUGAGGUCAAAACCAUCACAAUAAAGCACUGACCUAUGUCAACAGAAGUAUUUUAGAGUAAAAUAAAUGACAGCAAUAUGAGUUACCAAAAAUAGCUCCUUAGAAUACAGGCCAUUCCUUUCUUGAGCUUUGGUCAAGUAAUAUCAAUGACAGCUGAGAAUGACCGUCCCAAAUGCUGAUGUUAAAGUCAGUUUUUCAUGUUGGAUGAGAAGGUCAGUGUGGAAUCCACAAUCAACCUAUCCAAAGGCUUGCCUGUCUUACAGAUCACCUUUUUAAUAUUUUUGAUAUUUUUGAUAUUCCUGCCUCAAAAAUCUGUCCCUUUAAGGCAAAUUGGAGAAAGAGUAUAUGGCAGUAGCUCUGGUUUGUGAAUUACCUUGAGGGACAAAGUAGCAAGCAUGUGGUGAGACUUAUAUUGUAAAGGGGAAUCAGCUCAUUUUCACUCUACAUAGUGUGGUCCACACCUCACUGAUAUCAGACAGGAUUGAUACUACACUACACUGAAAGCCUGAGGAGCUAUCUUCAACCUACUCUAAGUGGCUUUAAACCGUGGGGUCAUGACAUUCUCUUGAUAUUCAUGGAGACAAUAAAUGUUUUAAUUAUAACCUUCUUUAUGGUAGGGAGCUGAAUCAUCCUAAUACCUGUUCUCUGACUGUUUUGAAAUGAAAACCUUUUGUCACUUCAAGACCUCAGUCAUGGUGGUUUUUACAUCCCUGCACGAAAAUAUUGGCUGCAUCACACACAGUGUAACUCUUCAUUAAUAAAACCUAGAAUUUACUCCUGAGAGAACAAACUGUUGGAAAUGUUUAUCGCCAAAAUAUAAAACCACUUCCAACUCUU